UGUUUUGGUUGGUCUACUGCAGCAUGUAGGUGCAAACAGAGUCAUCUUGCAGAACUGACACAACAAACGGUAUAACUAGCAUUUGCCUUCCUGGAUGCCACAACGCCAACACAACGAUCAUUUUAUCAGAUAUAUGUCACCAUCCGUAGCCGAUUUGAAUUAUUUCAGUUCACAUACGUUUCCUCCGCAUCUAAGCUCGUCCAUUACUCACUCUUAAAGCUAGAGUACCCAGCAUGAGCAAUAUCGACGGCACAUCGGUAGCAUCACCAAUAUGAGUAACCAGCAGACUGUUAUCAGCGGCGGGGGAGUUGCCAACAACAGCACCGGCAAUAGCCAGCAUCGACAAGCUGGCCCCAGGUCGACGGCCUCACUACCCCAAACCCCCAACAUCACCGUGCCUUCGUCAAAGCAACAGAGUCAGAUCCCGCUACCACAGCACUUCGUCGUACGCCCAGGUGUUACCAAGCACACGGCAUCAGGCACAGUGACAGUGCCAGGGCCGAUCGUGCCGCUUGUGGCCGUGGACCAGCUGCCCGAGUGGAUCGACUUGCUGGGCAUCCCGCGCGAGCUGAGUCUCGAGCAGACCGUCGGCCUCACCAACCUGGGCACCAUCGUCCGGAACCCCGAGUUCUACCAGGUGUACGUACACAGCGACAACGAGGCAGUCCCGCUAAUACGAGCGUCGUCGAGCGAGAGCAACAGCACAACCAUGACGGUUGCCCAUCAUAGCCACCACAGACAAAUAGAAGACCCAACUCAACAAGCCCAGCAACGGCGUCGAGCAGAUGCGGCCAGGAGUACGGGCUACCUCGUACCCAUCGACACACACCCGACGGCCAUAGCAUCCGCACCGCCUUCCGCCUCCUCAUCCACGUCGUCGUCGUCGUCAUCCUCAUCCUCGGAUUCUCCUCCAAGCACCAAGCUAGACCCAAUAGCAGCAGCAAAGGCCCUGGCCGCCGCUCGACCCCCCAAGCCCAGCCGAACCAAGAGCGCAAAUGAGGCCGCGCAGCAGAGCAGCAAGGACAUAGGCAUGAUACCGCACCUCCCCGUACCACCUCCCAGCAGCAGCAACAGCAGCAGCAGCAGCAGGCCCGGCACCUACGCCAUGCUCCACUCCUCCAUGCACGCCCCCUCCCCCUACACGAUCCAGCACCCGGCCGACCACCUCCUGCUGCACCACCACCACCACCACUCCCGCGCCGCCAAGCCCUCCACCCCCACCCCAACCCCUGCCCGACGACCCACCUCCAGCACCAGCGGCGGAAGUAACAGCAGCCUCUACUGCAAGCACUGGUGCCACAAGGGCACCUGCCGCUGGGGCACGCACUGCCGGUACGCGCACGUGAUGCCCGCGACGCCCGAAGGGCUGCGCGAGGUAGGGCUGCCGCGCCCGCCCGCGUGGUGGGUUGCCGCCGUGAACAUGAGCAUGGCGUUUGGUGCUGCUGCUGCUGCUGCCGGAAACCCGUACGCGUCUGCGUCUGCGUCUGCGUCUGUGCCCCAGCACCCCCACCUGGGUCUUGCGCUUCCGCACCAUUUGCAGCAUAACCUUGCUGGCGUUGGCACUGGGAGUGGUGGAGGAGGAGGAGGAGGAGGAGGAGGUGGCGGUGGUCUGGCGCACGCGGGGUUACCCGCCCACGCGCACCCGCAUCAUCCGCGGUAUUACAGCGGCGGCGGGGGAGGGGGAGGGGGUAGUAGCAGUAAGAAGGCGCAGAAAGAGCGAGAGAAGGACAAGGAGAAAGAGAAGGAGAAGGAAAAGGAAAAGGGGAAAGACAAGGGGAAAGGCGUGGAGAAGGAGAGUAACACCGUUGAGGCAAGGCCUGGACCUGAGGGGGACCAAAGAGGGGCGGCGGAAGUGAAAGGAAAGGGGAAGGGGAAGCCGGAACAGCAGCAGCUGCUGCCAAAGGAGGAGCAGAAGUUAGUUGAAAUCUAAAGGGGGAAAGUAAGUGAGCUUAUGGAGGUGCAAUUAUUCAUUCAUUUAGUUAUUAGCCGCAUUGUGGAUAGGGAGGGAGACAUUCUCGAUCUGUUAGAACAUACCGACGUAUGCAUGUACAUGAUAUCGUUGUCACUUUGACAGGAUACAUGAGCUCAGAAAAAUCAAAUAAAUUAAAUCCGAGACGCGCACAACUCCAACCAUGCUGGAGAGAAAAUAAGAACACGGCAAAAGCCGCGCCUAGACACG